UUUGUUAAAGCUCCAGGCAGUCAGUUCAGCUGCUAACACGGACUGAGAGCACAGGUUAAAUAUAGAGCAGACUCUCAUACACAGACUGAAGAGAAACACUCAACAUCUUGUGGAGAAAACUACUUUACUGAAGCUGAAACAAAGACUCUCUCUCUCUUCUUUCUCUCUCUCUUCAGCUCUGACUCUCUCGCCCCGUGAGCUGUCAGACCAAGCUUGGAGAGGACGACGCUCCACAUCUCUUUGUUGCUCUGCUUUAAACUUUGGCAGAGAAGAAGAAACUGAGGAGGAAAGAGAAGAAGAGGAGAUACAGAGACACUCUUUCAUACACGGUGAUGUUGUGAGUGCUGACAGGCAGCAGAGAAGUUCCUUUUUGGAUUGGACACCUGUGGCCCCACAGACAGAGCAGAGACCAGGUAAAAAUGCGAUCCAGGAACUGCACCAUGGAGGGUCCGGACGACGGACACAUCCAGCCCACUAAAGGAUUCAUCAAGGAGGAAGAGGAGAACACACCAGAGCUCACGAAGAGGAAGACGAACGCUCCGCAGGAGGAGAAGGACGGGAGGACGCCGGCGUCGGGGACCGCUAAGAAGACUAAGAAGACCGCUGGGAGCAGGAAGACAGCGGCUCUGGAUCUGUCAAAGAAAGAUCUGCUGCAGCUGCUGGGGAUCAUGGAGGGGGAAGUUCAGGCCAGAGAGGACAUCAUCGGUCUGAUGAAGACGGACAGAACCAAACCAGAGACCUUAGAGGCUCACUACGGGUCAGCCGGCCCCACCAGACCUCUGCAGGCCCUGCAGAGAGACGCUCUGCUGACCCGCAGCAACAACAGCACAGAGGACGUCUAUGAGGGACCCAUGGCCGAGUUGGACCGUCUGGAGGACAAACAGAAGGAGACGUACAGACGGAUGUUGGAGCAGCUGCUGCUGGCCGAGAAAUGUCACCGCCGCACCGUCAUGGAGCUGGACAACGAGAAACACAAACACACCGACUUCAUGAACAAGAGCGACGACUUCACCGACCUGCUGGAGCAGGAGAGAGAGAGACUCAAAAGGCUUCUGGAGCAGGAGAAGGCUUACCAGGCCCGUAAGGACAAGGACCACAGCAGGAGACUGGAGAAGGUCCGAGCAGAGUUGGUUAAGCUCAAGUCGUUUGCACUGAUGUUGGUGGACGAGCGGCAGCUGCACAUAGAACAAAUCGACCAACAGAGCCAGAAGGUCCAGGACCUGAAUCAGAAGCUGCAGGAGAAGGAGCAGCGUCUCGCAGCGGUUACAGACACCGCCAAGGAGGACGACCAGAAGAUCCUGAAGCUGGAGGCAGACCUGGAGCACAAAGCGGCAACAUUCGCACAAGAACACGAGGAGAUGACGGCGAAGCUGGCGAACGAGGAGUCCCAAAGCAGGCAGCUGAGGCUGAAGCUGGCCGGACUGGCUCAGAAGAUCGAGGAGCUGGAGGAGAGCAACAAGACGCUGCAGAAAUCUGAGGAGGAUCUGCAGGAGCUGAGAGAGAAGAUCAGCAAAGGGGAGUGUGGGAACUCAACCCUCAUGACUGAGCUGGAGAAUCUGCGCAAAAGAGUGCUGGAGAUGGAGGGCAAGGAUGAGGAGAUAACCAAAACAGAGACUCAGUGCAGGGAGCUGAAGAAGAAGCUGCAGGACGAGGAGAACCACUGCAAGGAGCUGAGGCUGGAGGUGGACAAGCUGCAGAAGAGGAUGGUGGAACUGGAGAAACUGGAGGGGGCUUUCAACCGGAGCAAAACAGAGUGUUCGCAGCUCCACACGAACUUGGAGAAGGAGAAACGUGUCGUGAAGGAUCUGGCCGGGGAGCUGGAGACGGUGAAAACACGUCUGAAAGAACUGGAGGGCUCAGAGAUGAAGUUUGAAAAGUCAGAGAUGGUCCUCAAAGACGACCUCAUGAAGCUGAAGUCCUUCACGGUUAUUCUGGUGGAUGAAAGAAAGAACAUGUCUGAGCGUCUGAAGCUGGAGGAGCAGAAGAGCGAGGAUCUAAGUAAGAUGUUCAAAGCAGAGCAGGGGAAGGUCACAGAGGUCACGGAGAAGCUGAUAGAGGAGAGCAAGAAGCUCCUCAAGUUCAAGUCAGAGAUGGAGGUCAGAGUGAGCUCGCUCUCUCAGGAGAAAGACGAGCUGCAGACUAAACUGGCAUGUGAAGAGGAAAAGUGCAGGGAGCUGAACACCAAGCUGAGCGGGAUGAAAGUCAGGAUGGACGGACUCGAGGAGACGGACAGAGAAAUGCAAAGAAAGUGGGCCAACAAGGAGAACAACAGGAACCAGGAGGAAGACAACAAAGUGAGAGAGCUCACGCUGGAGAUCGAGAGGCUGAAGAACCGGCUCAAACACCUCGAGGUGGUGGAGGGGGAUCUGAUGAAAACCGAGGACGAGUACGACCUCCUGGAGAAGAAGUUCAGAACCGAGCAGGACAAAGCAAACACCCUCUCCAAGCUGCUGGAGGAAAUGAAAAGUCAGAUCGCCAGGAACAAAGCGAUAGAGAAAGGAGAGGUGAUGAGUCCGGAGGCCGAGCUCAGGAUCCGCUGCAAGAUAGAAGAAGCCAGAACCAGAGAGCUGAAAGUGGACGUUCAGGCGCUGAAGGAGAAGAUCCACGAGCUCAUGAACAAGGAGGACCAGCUCUCCCAGCUGCAGGUGGAUUACUCCGUCCUCCAGCAGAGGUUCAUGGAGGAGGAGGAGAAGAAGGAAAGCAUGAGUCAGGAAGUCGCUAACCUCACGAAGGAGCUGGAGGCCUCCAAGCGCUACAGCCGCGCCAUGAGGCCCAGCAUGAACGGCAGCAGGAUGGUGAACGUCCCGGUUACCUCCACCGCGGUGCAGACGGACGUGAUGGCGGCCGAGAGCGCCGAGGAGGAGACGGCGGCAGGCUUCAUCCAAAAAUCAGUCCUCGAGGAAAACCACUUAAUGAGCAACCUCAGACAACGGGAGCUGAAGAAGCCGGCGGUUCUUGAAAGGUUCCCUCAAGCGACCGCCGAGCUCGGGGCGGGGAAAUCCUGGAUCCCCUGGAUGAGGAAGAAGGAGGCUCCAGAGAGGGUGAUGGGGGCGUCUCUGCUCCCUCAACCAGACAUGAACACGCCCCAGAAACCAGGUCAACCUCUGCGGAUCCGUGUGACCCCUGAUCACGAAAACAGCACUGCCACCCUGGAGAUCACCAGCCCCAGAGCAGAGGACUUCUUCUCCAGCACCACCAUCAUACCGACUCUGGGCCUUCAGAAACCUCGCAUCACAAUCGUCCCCAAGCCCACCACGGUGACCUCCAAGAGCAAAACCUGCGACAUGACGGGAGGUCUCAACCGGGCCAAGUCUCCAGUCACGAUAACCACCAUCUCCAGGGCCAAGAGUCCAGACAAGUCCAACGGCUGCGGCGGCUCUGACGGCCCCAAGUCGCCCGUGUCCAUCAUCACGGUCAGCACCACGCCUGUGGCCGAAGCGUGCGCCUCACCUGAGCCUCACAACAUCACCGCGACCCGCACCGUCAUCAAAAUGACGCCAGAGAAGCAAUCGGGGCCGGCGCCUUACAGGAAGUACAACGGUAAAAGCAACAUCAUCACAACAGAGGACAACAAGAUCCACAUCCAUCUUGGAUCCCAGUACAAGAGGCCGUCUGAGGGCGGCAGCAGUCCGGUGUUGACGCUCGGGCUCAGCUCAGAGAGCGGCAGGGAGAUGUCCACGGGGACGGUGCUCCGCUCGCCGCGACAAACCUCUCUGGGGAAGACGACGACGACGCAGAGCAAGAUGACAAGCAGCAUAACGAUCACGCCCAUCACCUCGGCGCCCUCCAGGCCGACACAGUCCGUGCCCUGUCCGGAUGUGCAGUCAGCUCGGAGCGCAGCCACACGGAUCCCUGUGUCAAAAGGUAUGAAACCGAGCAGCAAGGCGGUUCUGGGCGUGUCCACGGUGACCCGGUUAGAGUCGCGGGCAGAGAGCCAGUUGAUGAAAAUUGAGCUGAGGAAGUCGACAGUUUGCGGCUCGGUCUCUGCAGCUGGAGGAAAAAGCUGAAACGUGCAGUCUGAACGUCUCUAUGUUUUUAAAAAUCUGCUGCCAAAUAUGAGACGGCCCACAUCAGUACACUGUGUCACAGCGCACUAAGGACUCUGUUUGAUGUGGCCUCUAAGACAGAUUAGCUUUCCAACACUACUUCACUUCCUCCUGAUACACAUGCUGUCAGUAAAGGUUCCUGUUCUUUAGUUCUUCAUGAAGCAUCUCUCUGCAUGUGUUUCCUGCAUUUGGAUGAACUCUCAUUAACUCCAUCUCUCUGUGAUAUCUGGCAGUAGCCGUAGACUCGCUCUCAUCAUGACGUUUUUUCAUAGCAUGUGUUUAUUUCACCGCCGCUUCUGGAGGUUUCCGAUCACUGAUGGAUGCACUGUGAAUUGUUUGUGACAGAAUGAAAUGUCAUCGUUUGAGACAGGCACAAAAAUAAAAUCUAUUUAUCUCUGAA